UGGCUACUCGCUGUUGAGGCGACAUCGAAGAAAAACUGUUUGAAAGAUAUUAGAUGAAUAUUUGAAGAUGGGAAGAAAAAGAAAACGGUCCAGGAACUUCAGAAGCCAGAUGGGGAAGAGCAAGCGUUCCGACACAUAUGAUCCAGGCAUUGUCAAUGAAGCAAGUGCUAUGUUCAACAAGCGUUUCACAUUUGACUCUCCCGAAGAACAAAGAUGGAGUUUACCAGGUGUCGAAAAAAUUUACAGUGAUGAGGACGAGAUUUACGAUGUUCUUCAACAAUUGAAAUGUGAACUGAACUUAACAAAAUCUGAACUGAGCGACAAAGAUAUAGAGAAGUGGCACUCCCACACGAUGUUCACCAACAAAGCAGGUAGAGUUGUCCCACAGAUCAGAUCUGAAUUCAAUCUUGAGUUGUGUACCCAGGCUUGGUGCAAGUUCCAUGAGAUUCUGGCCACGUUUGAUAUUAUACGUGAUAACAAACUUAACACUGUCCAUCUAUGUGAGGCCCCAGGGGCGUUUGUAACCAGUCUUAACCAUUACAUUAAAACCAAUAACCCUGACACUGAAUGGAACUGGUUGGCAACGACUCUGAACCCAUACUAUGAAGACCAUUCACUGAGUAACAUGAUUCCUGAUGACAGGUUUAUUUAUCAAACUAUCAACAAUUGGUACUUUGGCGAAGACAACACUGGUGAUAUAAUGGAUGUACGUCUUAUGAAAGGACUUGCCGCAAAAAUUACUGAAAAAUUGGGAACUGUGCACCUGAUAACAGCAGAUGGAAGCAUCGAUUGUCAAUGUGACCCAGCGGAGCAAGAGAUGUUAGUUUACCAGUUGCACUAUUGUGAAAUAAUUACAUCAUUGUAUUGUCUGAGUGAUGGUGGCACACUUGUCAUCAAGAUGUUCACGUUGUACGAGCACAGUUCUGUCGCAAUGAUGUAUUUGUUAAAUUGUGUCUUUGAUAAGGUACACGUGUUCAAACCAGCCACUAGCAAGUCUGGUAAUUCAGAAGUGUAUGUUGUUUGUCUCAACUACAAUGGCAAGCUGUCUUUGCAGAAAUAUUUUCCGGUAUUCUUGAACAAGUUUGGUAGUACAAGACAAAACGAAGCUAUGUUUUCCAAGUGUGACAUUCCAGAAUCCUUUACAUCACAACUAAUUGAGUGUGCUAAGUUAUUCAAAGAUUUUCAAACAGAUACUAUUAAGAACAACAUCCGGCUCUACCAGAAUAUGAGUGAUGAGGAGAAAAGCCAUAUAGAACAAGUUAGAAACUGUUGUCUGGGAAUGUAUGUGGAACGUUUUGGUAUUAAGCCAAUAUCUGUGGAAGACAGAAUAUGUCCUGAUUUAUACAAGGAGGAGUAUAACAUGAGAUAUUUUGUGAUGACAAGUAUGAAGACUCACUAUACUGGUUCCUAUAAUGACAGACGUGAUACAGAAAACUGGUGGAGAUCAAUGGAUCAUCAGGUGAAUCAAUGGAUUCUACAGGAAAAUCAAGUUUUUCAUUUCAAACAUGAGACAUCACCAGAUAAUAAUAUGCUCUCAAAACUGGAAAUUCUGAAAGGAAAACCAAUACAAGAAAUACACAGCUCCAGAUUCUGCCAUCCUAAAUUGUUGGAAAACUUAAAUAAAGUUCAGGAUACAGCUCAGAUUUUCAAGCCAGAAAAUAAAGGGGCCAUGGUGGAACUGUUGUCAAGUUGUGAUGAAAAGAAAGAAGGAAAUAUUUUUCAGAUUGUACAAUUUGAAGUAGAAAAUGUCAUGCAUAAAUUCCAAGAGUCUACUAUAGAGUGUAUUGCACUGUGUUCCAAGCAAUUACUUGAUUGGUUGCUAUCAGAAGACUGCACUAAAAAUCAAUUGACAGUGAUUAAUCCAUUUGAGAAAGACCAGGAAGUAGGCGAAUCUGAUGUCAAAGUUAAUCCUUUCUCACUUCUAAGAUUUUGUUCCAAUUGUGAUGGGCCAUGUGUACAGCUUGUUAUCAUAUGCUACAAUAGUAAUGAGAAGGGACACUCGUGUAUGGAGCUAGAAACUAAAAACAAUUUACUGAUUUAUAUUCUCACUGCUUUGAAGACUCUGAAUGGUGGUGGAACUCUCAUUAUCAAAACCAGUACAUUUCUAACACGAUUCUCAACUGGGCUAUUGUAUAUACUUUUAGCAAGUUUUCAAAAGGUUAAAGUACAUGUUCUGUCGUCUUACCCAGCUGAAUGUAUUGUUGUUUGUGAUAAUUACAAUCCAAAUGAUGAAUUCACUCAGGAUUUACUUACUCAUUCUGAAGAUAUUAUAAAACAAAAAGCAAAUAAUGAAGAAAAUUAUGUCUUGGAAAUUUUGCCUAUGAAGUGUUUAUAUGUGCACAGACUCAUUGAAAGCGGUACUCUCUUGAUCCAAGGAAAUUCUUAUCAACAAUGGAUUCUCAAAGAAGGAUUCUCAAUUACUCCAAUGAAACACAUGCAAGUACAGCUACAACUUAAUAUACACAUCUCCAAUGAACAACGACUACGGCAUAAAUUAAAGGAGAAAUCCUAUUAG